AUGUGUUCAGGAUUACCACCUUAUCAUGAUGUAGCUCAUGAUGCACACCUAGCCUCAAAAAUCUGUCAAGGAUUACGUCCAAAUUUACAUUAUGUUAAAGCACCACAAUUAUUGAAAGAUUUAAUUAGUAAAUGUUUAGAUGCUGAACCGUCAAAUCGUCCAAGGGCUAGUGAACUAAGCAAGAUUUUAGCCAAAACUGAACAAAAAAAACGCAAUGACCUGAAAAUAGCCUUAAAACUUGCUUUCGAAACAUCAGAAGAGUUAGAAGAAAUAAUUGCCACUAACCAACUUCUCAUAAGUGAAGAAAUGAAAGAAUUAUUAAAAAGUAAGCUUAUUGAAGUUAAGAGGUUGAAGUCAAGAGUAAAUGAGCUAGAAGUAAAAGGUGAUAAUAACUUUCAGGAACUAACAAGGAAGAAAUCCCAAUUAGAAGAAAUGAAAAAAACUAUUAUUGCUAAUAAUCCUGACGCCAAAGACAACCUAGAAGAAUUUCUAGAAGCCCAAAAAACCAAUAACUCUAUAUUAAUAGAAGCUUGCAGAAAAAGAUUAAAUAGCCAACUAGCAAUGGAAGAAAUCAAUAGUCUUUGCCGACACCAAGCAGAAAUCACUCAGUUAGCAGUUCAGUUAGAAGAGACUAAUGUUCAGAAAAGCAAACAGAUUACUCAAAUAAUUAAUACUACUAUUACCAUAGGUGGUGGCAUCAAUGCCCAAGAAAGCAUUGUUGUUAUUGGCAGUAAUAUUGGUGAUAAUACUAACUUGAAUUACGCCCAAGCAAAAGAAACCGAAAACAAAAGACGAUUAUCAGAUGAUUCUCAAGUUAAGAAUUCUCAAGAAAGAGUUAAGUUAUUUAAGGCAAUUGAAACCCAAGUAUACCAAACUGAACCAAUGCAAAUCGAAGAAAACAAUAAUUGA